GUUUUUACGUCAUGUUAGUGUACGUCACAGUUUGUCACUUUAACAUUUUCAACAAAUUCUUGUGCUUAUUUUCACCCCAAAAACCCAACAACUCAUCCCCCAAAAAAAUGGCAGAAGGUGGCAUGAGUUUGGAACAACAGUUCGUAAAUUUUUCAAAAUUUGGAGACACAAAGGCCGACGGUAGAACAAUAACACUGACCCAGAUCGACAAAUGGUUAAAACAAGCCCAAGUAAUUGGCAAAAAAAUCACCACUACAGAUACCGGAAUAUGCUUCAACAAGUUCAAAUCUAAAACCAUCGACUGUGCGACUUUUGUAAAGUUUCUCGAAGACCUUGCGAAACAAAAAGGCAUUCCAGUGUCCGAAUUAAAAGAUAAACUUACGACCUGUGGCUUGCCCGGAACUUCAAAAACUACACAAGCAGUCCAUACCGGGGCUGUUGAUCGGUUAACAGACACAUCAAAAUAUACUGGUGCACACAAAGAACGAUUCGAUGCUGAAGGAAAAGGCAAGGGAAUAUCUGGUCGUGAAGACUUGGCGGAUAAUCAAGGAUAUGUUGGUGGAUACAAGGGAAAGGAUACGUACGAUGCCACGCAUUAAGACAACAAAGUUUAAAAAUAUUUUAUUUUAUCACUCGCCUUUACUCAUACAGUCUGUAUAUUUACGAUCGAUAAAGAAUUGAAUUUUA